CUUUUUGUAAGAAAGAAAAAUGUCGUUUCUGAAGUAAGAAAAUGAUUUUACUUUUAUAAAGAAAUAUUCAGAGGACGUGUGAGAGAAGAAGCCAGAAGCUACAGGCAGCCUACAGUGUCGAAAAGAUCGCAACGUCCCACAACCGUUGAUCUUCAUCUCUCUCCCUCUCUAUCUCUCUUUCUCUCUGCCAUCUGACCUGGUUUCUGGAUUUGUAAAUCGCACUUUGGUCGAUUCGGUGGAUUUUGGAACUUUCCUCCUGGAGGAAUUGUAAUCCCUCUGGCAAAGAGAGGAAGAUAGUAGACAACGAGGAGGAUGACCGAUUCGAGUCUGAUGAUGCCGGCGGAGAUGGCGAACAUCUUCGCGACGGCGAUGACGAAUUGGUGGGAUGAUGUUAACGAGUCAACUCAGUGGCAGGAUGGGAUCUUCUUCGCUCUCUGUGGAGCUUACGCUCUAGUUUCCGCCAUCGCUCUUGUCCAAUUGGUAAGGAUCCAAAUGAGAGUGCCUGAAUAUGGCUGGACCACUCAGAAGGUGUUUCAUCUUAUGAACUUUGUCGUCAAUGGAGUUCGUGCUGUUCUAUUUGGACUUCACAUGCAAGUGUUUCUCGUGCAUCCCAAGGUGAGAGUCUGCAUAAGAUUUGAGCUCUUUGCUGGAUAUUGUUGGAUCUUCCGGGCCUCCUCUUUUUCUCAGCAUACACACUGCUUGUGCUGUUCUGGGCAGAGAUAUAUCACCAGGCAAGCAAGAAGCUUACCAACGGAUAAGCUGCGGAUAACCUACAUUUCAGUCAAUGUGGCUGUAUAUUUGGCUCAGGUUGCUAUCUGGGUAGUCAUCUGGGUAAAUGAUAACAGCACUGUUGAGUUGGCUGCCAAGAUAUUUAUGGCAGUUGUGUCUUUCAUCGCCGCAUUAGGCUUCUUGCUGUAUGGAGGAAGAUUGUUUUUCAUGCUGAGAAGGUUCCCUAUCGAGUCGAAAGGAAGAAGGAAGAAACUCCAUGAGGUUGGAUCUGUGACAGCCAUAUGCUUUACCUGCUUCCUCAUUAGAUGUGUUGUGGUGGCUGUAUCAGCUUUUGACAGGGAUUUAACGCUCGAUGUUCUUGAUCAUCCAGUUCUGAACUUAAUCUACUAUAUGGUGGUUGAAGUACUUCCAUCGGCACUAGUCCUCUUCAUUCUCCGUAAGCUACCUCCAAAGAGAGUAUCAGCUCAAUACCAUCCGAUCCAGUAAACGUUUGUAUGAACCAUCACACGCUGAGUGAGUCUGAUGAUGUUUCAUGAGAGUAUAAGUAUCAGUUGAGAAAAUUGGGGCAAAAAUUCUUAAGGUGAAAGAAGAAGAAACCGGUGUGGAAUCUGCGUGAGUUUUUUUGGAAUGCACGAUCAUAAAGCCUGCCUUGACUUUUGGUUUGGUAGUUAAUUACUAUGUCGUUUUUAAAGUACAUGUUCUUCUGCUGCUACUUUUAAAAAUCUGGUCAAGACAAGAGGUUUUAACUUUUGUUGUUUGAUUGUUAUGUUAUAUAUUAUGUUCAGUUGAAAAAUAACAAAUUGUUUACUUUUGUGUCUUGUUUUCUCAUCUUCUUCUCUUGAUGAUUCACAGGUUCUUGGUUUCCCAAAAAAU